AUGGGAAAUCACACCCAUGUUUUCGGGACAGACUUCCUGGAGCUAGAAGACUCCUUGCAGAAGCAGAUGAACAGCACUGAGGCAUCCCUGGCAGCAGUGUGCGGGCCCAGGAGGAGUCCCCUGUCGCUGCCGGUGACAGUGGUGUAUGCGCUCAUCUUUGCAGUGGGGGUGACUGGCAACCUGCUGGUGUGUUUGGUGAUCGUGAGGCACCAGGCCAUGCGGACCCCCACCAACUACUACCUCCUCAGCCUGGCAGUGUCUGACCUGCUAGUGCUGCUCCUGGGGAUGCCCCUGGAGGUCUACGAGAUGUGGCACAGCUACCCCUUCCUGCUGGGAUGGGUGGGCUGCUACCUCAAGACCUUGCUCCUGGAGACCGUGUGCUUUGCUUCCAUCCUGAGCGUCACAACCCUGAGCCUGGAGCGCUACGUGGCUGUGCUGCACCCUAUCCGGGCCAGGCUGGGGAACACCCCUAGGCGCUCGCGACGCAUCCUUGGCUUGGUCUGGGGCGCCUCUGUCCUCUUCUCGCUGCCCAACACCAGUGUACACGGCAUCCAGCUGUACCGCUUCCCCAACGGCUCCCUAGUCCCCGAUUCUGCCACGUGUGCGGUCAUCCAGCCCCUGUGGGUCUACAAUGUGAUCAUCCAAGUCACCUCCGCCCUCUUCUUCAUCCUCCCCAUGGCUGUGAUCAGUGUCCUCUACUGCCGCAUGGCUCUCAAGCUAAAGAAAGAUCAGUCCCUUGAAGUGAAUAAAAUGCCUGCAAAUGUUCAAAGACCCUCCAGAAAAUCAGUCAACAAGAUGCUCUUUGUUUUGGUUUUAGUGUUUGCUAUCUGCUGGACUCCAUUCCACAUUGAUCGACUUUUCUUCAGUUUUGUGAAGAAGUGGACUGAAUCACUGGCUACUGUGUUCAACCUCGUCCAUGUGGUAUCAGGUGUCUUCUUCUACCUGAGCUCAGCUGUCAACCCCAUUAUCUAUAACCUGCUUUCUCACCGCUUUCGAGUAGCCUUCCGGAAUAUGAUCUCUCCUUCCUGCAAGGAGUGGCAGCCCCAGCAUCACCCUCACAGGCCAGCUACACCACGAAACAUCUUCCUGACAGAAUGUCACCUUGUGGAGCCAACUGAAGACCUAGGUCCCCAGUGCCCUUAUCCCUAG